AUGAUCUGCAAAUCGAGAAGCGAUCGCUUCAGGGUCGAGUUUGACCCGAAAAUCUGCUGGGGCGUGGUGACUGAAGACGGAGACAUUGCAGCUGAUGCGGUUCUGACCAGCCUGCCACAGCUUGGGGUGGCUCAGGAGGAAGGCAUCUCGUUCUCCACCACGCUGGCCCAAAGAUCAGCGCAGAGGAAAAUUCGGUGCCCAGUUCGCCCUGAGUGCAACGGUCGAGGGCCCCACUCGAGCAUGAGUAUUGCCGGCACUUCGAUGUACGUCCUGGGAGUGCCAGCAGAGUCUUUGGAAGGGACGGCGGAGAUACAUCGAAUCGACUUCCAUUCCUUGGAGUGGAGCCGCUGUGCCUCCCUGCAAAGCUUGCCCGAUCGGGAGGUCGGUGAUGCAGUGUUGCUUGCAGCAUCUGCACACGGCAGGCUGUACUUGAUGUAUGACGACGAGCCCGUCUUGUAUUCCAUACCCUUACCCAAGUCUGAUGCGGCUGGGAGUUCAGGACGUUCAUGUGAUACUGGUGGUUCUGACGCUGUGCAGUGGACUGCUUUGUCCUGCAGACAGCACGUGACCCGUGGAUUUGCCACAGCUGCUGUGAGCCGCAGAAUCUACGCUUGCGGAGGCAUAGUGGAUGCUGAUGGCGAGUACGAUGAUCAAAGCACGCCAGUCCGCGAAGCAGAGUGUUUUGAUGUCGUAACAGGGACCUGGUAUCCGAUUCCGCCGAUGCUAACCGCUCGUUGGGGUGGUACUGCUGCCGGCGUAGGAGGAAAGCUCCUCAUUUGCGGUGGGACAGAAUGCCCAGAGUUUGAAAUCACAAGUGGACGCUACUACUUUCUGGACACAGUCGAGGUGCUCAAUUUGGCAUCAGGGACGUGGUGCCGACUUCCUCCGCUCUUGAAGCCAAGGAUGCGGCCUGUUGUUGUGAUGGGAGGUGCGGCCGGCGAUGUUCUCAUCAUGGGAGGUACUGGCCUGAGGCUGGACGAGGAUGCAGAGAGCCAUGCUUGGGGAGGCCCGGACAGUGAGGAGGAGUGCAUAACGAUACCCGAAGAGGAGCGCUCAACUCCCGAAGCUUUGCAUGACUGUGAAUAUUGGCGUCCAGGUACAGCUCCGUACGGGCGAGCCUUUCGGGCCAAAGUAGGGGGUUCUGGGGAUUCGGACUUAAGGGGCAAGGGGGAGGGCGGGAUUUGGGACUUCAGGAAGACGCUGUUGACGAAGUCUGCCUCAGCGACGCUGACGCGGUCAGUGGAUUCUAAGGCAUCGCCGACGGCAAACACCAAGGCAGCCACGCUGGAAAAGCCGGCUACAAAGACCGUCCGUGUUGGUGGGAAAGCCAUGAGCACCGCCGAGAUUGAGGCGCAGCGGAUCGAGGAGAAGCGCAAGCAGGCGCGAUUCUUGGCCGAGCGCAACGCACGGCGGAUGAACCGCCUCACCGAUGCCCCCAAGGAACAGACGCAGAAGGAGCAG